CCCUUUAUUUUUAUUUUUGGUCCUAUUUCUUUUGCAUUAUUUUAUAGCAUUAUAUCGUCAUGGCCUUGGAAGAAGUAAAAGUCCUGUAUUGUGGCAUCUGCACAAUGCCCCCAGAGUACUGUGAAUUCAGCGGUACCCAAGAAAAGUGCAAAGAAUGGCUUAAAGAUAAUCACGAAGACGUCUACGUUUCACUUUACAAUGUCGAAGCAAUCACAAAGGGUGUAGAGAAUGUCGCACUCGAAGAACCCGGAGCUACAACUGCUGAUGGUAAGCCUGAUCGCACCUUUGUAAAGGACAAAUCAGCCAAGCUCGAGGCUAAGCUUGAACGCGAGAAUAAGAAGAAGAUGUCUUCCCGCGUUACAAUUAAGCGUGUAGAGCGUACAAAGCGAAAGUGCGUUACUACCAUUUACGGCUUGGAUGUAUUUGGUGUGGACAUGAAGAAAGCGGCAAAGAUGUUUGCCAACAAAUUCGCAUGUGGAUCAUCUGUUGCAAAAAAUAACCAGGGACAGGAUGAGAUCGUUGUCCAAGGUGAUUUCUCUGAGGAGUUGAAUGACUUGAUCCUUGCAAACUGGCCUCAUGUGCCUGAAGAUAAUAUCGACAUUGUCGAAGAGAAGAAGAAGAAGGCGACACCCCCUUAAGUUGCUUGUAACUUGUAUUAAAAGAAAGUGUGCGUGUAUGUUUUAUUUUAUUUUAUUUUCAAGUAUGAAAAUGAUAAAUAAUAUAGUAAAUCUAUAUAUAUAUAUAUAUGUGUGUGUAUAUAUAUUCUUGGUCAAGU